AUGGCACCUGCUGGCGUUGAUCCCGAUACGGAGUCUGCAAGCAUUAUCGCCAAGACGUUCAAUAACACCAAGCUCUUCGUUACUGGCCCAGCUCACGCCAAGGCUGGACUGGUCGCUAUUCCCGACAUCUUCGGCCCUCACAGCGGCCGCGUCAAGCAGGAUACAAUGGCGCUCGGCAAUCUCGGCUACUCGGUCGUGCUGGUGGACGCUGCAGACGGAGACUACUUUGAGACUCUCGACGGCGCAGACGUGCCGGCUUGGCUGCUGAAGAACAGCUUUGAGAAUCGCGGGUGCCCACGUCGCGCGUAUCUGCAGAAGGAGAUGGGCGUAGACUCGAUCAGCAGCUACGGCUACUGCUGGGGCGCGUACAUCCGAGCGAAGCAGUCUUCUCUGCCGGAGCCAGUGAUCAAGGGUCACGUCUCCUUCCACCCGAGCUGGAUGGCCGAGGAGCUUAUCAAUGGCGACGUGCAGAAGAUGGCGGAGGCCAUCUCGGUGGCCCAGCUGCUCUGCUCCGCUGGAAACGAUCCCCCGGUAGUGCGUGAAGGUGGUGCAAUGGAGGAGAUUCUGAAGGCAAAGCCCGGUGUGGGCGAGCACUGCCGAGUCGUGAACUUCCCUGGAAUGGUGCACGGCUGGGUGUGUCGCGGCGAUCUUGAGGAUCCCGCGACGAAGGAAGCAGUUGAAAAGGCUUGGCGCGUGGCCUCCGAGUUUAUCAAGACGGUUAACCCUCUGUAG